CCAUAACCCGAGUGAAUAGUGGAGCCCUAACUGAACCAAUUUCAUCAAUGAAAUCAGUGGACCAAAAAGGGAUUUUUUUUUUAAUUUUUUUUUUUUAGUUUAAAAAAGCAUAGUAUAGAAACCCCAUUUGGAUAAAAUUCAAGAAUUUGCAGCUUAAAGGAGGCUACUAAAUGAUUGGGAAGUGGAGAGAGUGGCCAAAUUGCCAGAAGAAAUAGGGUUGUUUCCUGGCACCAACAAUGCACCUGACUCAUUGAGAUGGAAACAUAGUGAAGAUGGGGCUUUCACUGUUAGCAGGGCUUACAAAAUGGAAAGCAACCAGCAAAACAACAAACGCAAAAGCUUGUGGAGAAACUUAGCACCAACCAAAGUAAAAUGCUUUACAUGGUUGGUUGCUAGGAGGGCUUACUUGACACAUGAAGUUCUGAAGAAAAAAGGAAUGAUUGUAGUAUCUUGGUGUUCAUUAUGUGGGAAAAUAGAAGAGACCAACAACCAUUUAUUUUUGCAUUGCAGCUUCACAACACAAAUUUGGGCCAUCUUUCUUAGUCUUACAGAAACAAAGUGGGCCAUGCCUGAACAUACUGCAGAUCUGCUAAGUUGUUGGAUUAGAAGAGGGGGGACUAAGAGUCAGAAGGCAUGGUGGAGGAUAAUCCCACACUGCAUAUGGUGGACAGUGUGGAAAGAAAAGAAAAGUAGAAAUUUUGUAGAUAGGUCCAAUUCCAUUCAGAAGGUUAAGUGGAAUUAUAUUGUAUCUUUUUAUUUCUGGUGUAAAGAAAAAGAUAUAGAGGAAACAGAACAGUUGGUAGAAUUAUUAGGAUCUCUUGAAGAACGGGUGCUCUGAGGUUGCUGACUUGCUGUUAAGUUUUUUCGAGAAAAUGAUGGUGCACGAGGAUCUAAAGUGCGGUUUAUUGAAGCUGAAUGAGGGUACUUUUGUUAGUAUUCUUUCUUCUUGCACGUUUUUG